UCUCUCUCUCUUCUCUCUCUCUGUGGAGAGACAAUCCAUCAUGUGUGUUCUUUCUUUGUAUCUAUCAAGAUUCAAAACAAGCUCAGCUACGAAGAUCUAUGUGUGAAUUUAGUGGAAAAGAGUUGAAGAACUUGACACAAAUCAGUCAACUUUGAUCACACCUGUUUCUGGGUUAUCUUGAUCAUCUUUAAUUUGAACUAGAUUUAUUGAAGCUAGCUACUACCAUCAUCAUCAUCAUCAUCAUCAUCAUCUCCAUCAUCUCCAUCUGUUCAUCUAUAUUUAGAUACUUGUAUUUGCCAUUUUAGAUUGAACAUCAGCUUUCACAAGACUCAAAGAUGAUGUCUGGAGGUGAUGGGUUUAAUUCAUCUUCUCCUUCUUCUCUUACUGCUUCUCUCAUCCAAGACCCCAUCUCAAACCCUAACCCUAAUUCUUCAAGUUCAGCUAAACGUAAGCGGAAUCUACCUGGCACACCAGACCCAGAUGCAGAAGUGAUAGCGUUAUCUCCUAGAUCUUUGAUGGCGACGAAUCGAUUUGUAUGUGAGAUAUGUAACAAGGGUUUUCAGAGAGACCAGAAUUUACAGCUUCAUAGAAGAGGACACAACUUGCCAUGGAAGCUUAAGCAAAGAAACAAACUUGAAGUUGUGAAGAAGAAGGUUUAUAUAUGUCCAGAGAAGAGCUGUGUUCAUCAUGACCCAUCUCGAGCUCUCGGAGAUCUCACCGGAGUUAAGAAGCAUUUCAGCCGGAAACAUGGUGAGAAGAAAUGGAAAUGCGAAAAGUGUUCAAAGAAGUACGCAGUUCAGUCGGAUUGGAAAGCUCAUAGCAAAAUCUGUGGUACUAGAGAAUAUAAGUGUGAUUGUGGAACACUUUUUUCAAGGAAAGACAGCUUCAUAACACAUAGAGCAUUUUGUGAUGCUUUAACUGAAGAAAAUUCAAGAAUGGCUUCUUUCCCGAUGAUGUCAAGUACCGCACAUCUCAACUUUAGAAACGACUUGAUGAUGAUCAACGGUGGGGGUGGUGGUGGGCAGUUGCGAUUUCCAGGGAUGUUUGGUGGUGGGAUGUUAGAAAGUACAAAUCUUGAUGCAAAUGGAGCAAAACCCAGAUUACCAAUCUGGUUAGACCAACAUGGCAAUGAAUCCCAUUUGGAAAACCCUAGUAAUUCUUCAUUUUUGGGGUCGUCUAGCUCGAACAACAACAACAAUGGCGGAAUACUGCCAUCUGAAAUGGUGCAGUGGUUGAACGGAGGUCAAGAAACGGUGGCAACAUAUUCUGGGUUGCAUUUAAAAGAAGAAGAUAACAAAGGGGAAAUGCAGUUCAACUCUUUGUAUAACAACUACACCACCUCCAACACUACUCCACCACCACCACCACCACCACCACCUCCGGCUCAUAUGUCCGCCACCGCCCUAUUACAGAAGGCUGCUCAAAUGGGGUCCACAAGAAGUACCAAUGGUGGUGCUACUGAUCAAGGAUUUGGGCUCAUGACUACAAGUCUCUCCAACUUCAGUUCCUCAAAUCAUCAUGACAUUAAUGGCGAUGGAUUAAUGAUGAUGAUGACUGGUUCGAAGCAAAGCAAAGGAAACGAAUCGAUAUCCCACGAUGGGAACUUGACGAGAGACUUUCUUGGUGUAGGAGGGAAUGAAAGAAGACCGUUUGAUUUGCAACAAGAACUCUUCAAUUUCAGUUCUUCAAUGGAGAAUUGAUGAAGGAUAUAAAAAUGGCAGAUUACGUGGAUAAAAUAGAGAUGAUAAUGAUGAUGUUUGUGCACAGUAAAAAGGGGAGCUGACAAUGGAAGAAAAGAGACAAAAGGAGUCACAAGAAGGGAAUAAUAUUGAAGGUACAAGAAGGUGGAGUAUGUUGGCACAUGCAUGUUAUUGCACCAGAAACAAAGUUUUUCAAGGAACUUGUCUUUCUGCUCUCUUUUUUGCCUGGCUGGAUGUCUUCUUGGUGUACAACUUUUGGUGCAUUGUGUACUGUUUAGUCUGUGAGGACUUACUCUCCCUCUCUUCAAAUCUACAGAGAUAGAGAGAGAUGGAUUGGUGAUAAUAAUCUA